UUUGCUUUUGUUUUUGGUCUGGGGAUAAGAUAUAUUUUGAAGAUGGGAAUCUGCUGGUGUUCUCCAGCUGAUAAUCCAACACCAAGGACCACUGCUCUUCUCAGUUCAGUUAUAUCUCAGUCAACCAGCAACACAGCUUCAACUGCAACAUCUAGGGGCAGUAACAUCUCCCGGGACAGCAGGUUCUCGGCUUCGAGUGGGGAUGAGGCUUUUCAAAAUGGGCAAAUUUUGCCCACCCCUAACCUAAGGGACUUCAGUUUUGCAGAAUUGAAGGUUGCCACUAAGAACUUUAGGCCUGACAUGGUGCUCGGUGAGGGGGGUUUCGGUAAAGUCUUCAAGGGCUGGCUCGAUGACAAGGCGGCAGGGAAGAGUGGAAUUCGAACCCCCAUUGCUGUUAAGAAACUCAGCUGUGAGGGUUGGCAAGGAUUUGAGGAAUGGCAGUCAGAGGUAAAUUUCUUGGGGAGGUUGUCUCAUCCUCACCUUGUAAGGCUUCUUGGAUACUGUUGGGAGGAUAAAGAGCUUCUUCUCGUUUACGAGUUUAUGCAGAAGGGUAGCUUGGAAAACCAUCUGUUUGGAAGGGGUUCUACUGUCCAAUCUCUUGAUUGGAAAAUACGAAUUACAAUCGCGAUAGGAGCUGCAAAGGGCCUAUCUUUCUUGCACUCUUCAGACAAGAAAGUAAUUUACAGAGAUUUCAAAGCCUCAAAUAUACUACUCGAUGGGUCCUAUACUGCCAAGUUAUCAGAUUUCGGGUUGGCCAAAUUGGGUCCUUCGGCCAGCCAAUCGCAUGUUACAACAAGGGUAAUGGGCACAUAUGGAUAUGCAGCUCCGGAGUAUGUUGCUACAGGACAUUUAUACGUAAAGAGUGAUGUGUACGGUUUCGGUGUCGUUUUAGUUGAAAUAUUAACAGGGUUGCGAGCACUAGAUACAAAUCGCCCCAGUGGGCAACAUAGUCUGGUGGACUGGGUAAAACCGUAUUUAUCCAAUAGAAGGAAAUUGAAGAACAUAAUGGACCAUCGGUUGGAGGGCAAACAUCCUUCCAAAGCCGCAGUUCGAGUUGCCCAGCUUGCUUUAAAAUGUCUAGAAUCCGAACCGAAGUACCGACCAUCGAUGAAAGAAGUCGUAUACACUUUGGAACAGAUCGAGUCGAUAAACGAGAACCCGAAAGAGCCGAGAAAGCACACUGCAAGUCAACCAAAUCGUAGGCAUCACCAGUAGCCGCCGUUGCACCAUCGAUC